UAUCGGUCUUCACCGAAAAUCAUCUCGUAAUUUUCUGACAGCAACAGACGAGCCAUCUGUUAAAAUUUACUUUUAUUUCGGUUUAGAAUAAACAAAAAAUAAGCCGCGAUGUGAACUUGUGAUAGUUUUUUAUUAAUUUUUAAUUCAAUUUCAAAUUCAAUAGACAAAAGUGGGGAUUUUUAAGCAUCGAUUUAUUAAUAAAAAUUUUUGACUGAUAAAUAUUUUUAGAAAAUAAAAAUGGAAAUAAAAAUAUUUAAAAUAACUUUAUUUUUAAUUUACGUAAAUUUAUUAAGAGUUAAGACUGAUAGAGUUAAUAAUUCAAUUAUGACAACUCAAAAUACAGAUAUAGCUACGACAGAAUCUUAUAGGCAAUCACGAGUAUAUAGACGCGGGCACGAUCAUGAUCACGAUGAAGAUGAUGAUCACGAUAAUCAAGAAGAUAUGGAUCACAUGGACGUAAACGACGACAUGGAUUCAAAAUCCCUAGCGGAGUCUAAAGGGGAAUAUUGGGGCGGCUAUUACGACUUCCUCAUAAACGAAGGGAGCUACAAAUUUUGGGCUGUAUUUCAACUUGCCACCGCUGCGCUCCUCAUAUACAGCGGUUUCGCGGCUCUUUACUACGCCAAGGUUAAUCCAUCGACCACUGAUGACUACGAGGAUUAUUUUCUCCGCAGAAGAAAGCGUCAUAUUAGCGACACGCUUUUUUACAUCGACGGUCCGACAUUCCAGAGGAUUAUCGACGCAUUGGAAAAUAAUAUUCAUUAACUCUUAUAUAAUCUUAUAUUAUAUAUUAUGCAUUAGUAAUUUAAUUUUCAUCCGAUAAUUUAUUUAUUUUUAAACGAAUAAAAGUUUUUGUCUAAUUUUCGUUUCUUUUAAUUACUCGGCCGAUUUGCUAUGCCAGGAGAUUCAUUUUUGCUCUACAGUCUUUUUGUUUAUUUUUAUAAAUAUAUUAAUUAAAUUUUAUUUCAUUUUUAUGGAA